AUGGCACUCCGACGCUUCGCCAUCGCCGCCCUCUGGGCCACGGGGACCGCGGUUAGCCUCGUCAGCGCCGCUUCCUACGACCACGUCAACUCCACCGCCGAGCUGCCGGUCAUCGUGAAGCGAGAUGUCAUCCCGGACGACAACAGCUGGGUCAAGCUCUACAUCGUUGCCCACCUGUGCUGCGUCGAAGGAUUCCGUUGUGCCAGUAAAGAGUCUGUCAGCAGGCAGGUGGACAUCAUGAACGAAAAGUUAGCCAUGGCCAAAAUCUGGUUCGACAUCCUGCUCGUCGAGUGGGUCACGGACGAGCGAUGCGGCCGAACAAACGUCGGCGACAGAUGGGGGACCGACGAGCUGAAGCGCGGCUUCUACGUCGGCGACGCGAGGGUCCUCAACUUCCUCUACCUGCCCAAUAACCAGGGAGACGGUGCCAAGGGCCUGUCCUGGGACGCCAACCCCUACGCCUACGACGCCAACAUGCUCGGCAACCUCGACGGCUGCACCGUCGCCAUGGACACCCUUCCCGGCAUGGACGAAGGGGACGAUAAUCAGCCGGCCGCCAACCCCCCUGCCCGUCUCGGAUCCGGCAGCGGGAUCCUGUCCGACCUCUGGAGCGGCGUCACCCGGUUCUUCUCCCGGGACCUCCACGAAGCUCACACCGGCCUGGCCCGGCGUGGAUACCUCAAGGAGACUGAAUGGGUCUCCCUCCCAUCGGGUGCGUACCUCUCCAUCACUCCCGUCCCCGUCCCGUCCCCAGCGCCUGCUCCUGCCCCUGCCCCUGCCAACCAGCAUGCCGCGUGUUCGCUGACACGUCCACGCAGCCGAAACAUGGGCCGUCGCUAUGACUUUGACGAGAGUCAGGUGCGGACGAUGCGACAGGUCGCCCUGAAACGCGUCCGCCAAGGUGGCUCUGACCAACCGAGGACAGGUUUGCGCGUCGACGGACCGGGCGCAGCUCCGAACAAUCCGCGACCGGCAUCCUCAUCCGCACCCGCGCCCGCGCCCGCACCCGCUCCUGCAUGGAGACCGGCGCCCGCACCAGCACGGAGACCGGCACCCGCAUGGAGACCGGCACCCGCACCCGCCUGGAGACCGGCACCCGCACCCGCCUGGAGACCGGCACCCGCACCCGCCUGGAGGCCGGCACCCGCACCCGCAUGGAGGCCGGCACCCGCACCCGCAUGGAGGCCGACACCCGCGUCGAGACCGGCACCGAAAGUGCCGGGGGCAUGUUCGUGCCCGGACAACUCGCAGCGCUACAUAGCGCCCGCCACGAUAUGUCAAAACAACCCCUAUGCCAUCGGCUGUGAGGGGAGCCGUUUCCGUGGCGAAUCUCGCAAGAAGUACCCCUCCAAUUACCGCCGAUCGGAGGAGGAAGACUACACGCUCGUUUAUCUUUUUCAGAGCAACGAUACGGCCUCGUCCGGAGACGGUCAAGGGCAGGAACGCCCGGUGCCGUUCUACGUAUCUCGCCGUCAUCUGUACCCCGUAGAGCCGGAGCAAGGAGGAGACGACAUGGGCGAAAUUGGAGACGGCAUGGGACACGAAAGGGAACACGAAAGGGGACACGAAGGUGAAGAGUCUCGAUCACCGCUGCCUCAUUAA